GGGGAACCAUUUCGCAGUUCGUCCUCCGUGGGCGUGGGAGCGAGCGGCAAUCCCUAAAGACCGUGUACGCAUGCGUGGGAACUGGGCCGCCAGCGUGCGUGUGACGUCACGGGCGCGCCCGUCUGAACUUCCUCGUUUCUCUGUAGAGAGAGCGGCAGCAAUCUGUUCAACUCCGUAGUUGAAUUUGCUUUGGACAGCUUUGUGAAGCAGAUCUGAUAUGCCACUUGAAUUAAUAAAAGAAGUCAAUGGGGUGCCUCAAGUUGAGCCAUUAACUAAAUUAAGCAAAGUAGAUUUCACAUCCCUACAGCCUGGUUGUGAUUAUAGCAAGAAAUACGUCCAGGGAAAACUUUCAUUUAUCUCUUCUUUAACUAAUGGUGGAAACAGAACAGCUGUUUUGAAGAUUGGACUACAAGAACAAGAAAAUUCAAAUGCAGAGAUCAGCACCAUCAAUGUACUGUUUUUUGGAAAAUUAGCAAAGGACUGUGCAAAAGUUUUCUGUGAAGGGGACACCAUUGCUGUGGCUGGAUUUAUUGUUUUGUCAGCAUCUUCAUCUACAAGUAGUGAUGGUAAACAAUGCUUAUUUUUGAAAGCAUUUGAAGACUGCAAAUCAACUGUUUAUGUUUAUGUUAAAUCUGUAAGAGAUUUUUCUACAGAAUCAAUGUCUUUGGUUCCAGCAACACAUUACAUAUAUACACCCCUGAAUCAACUUAAGAGUGGUAUGAUUGUCAAUGUUUAUGGUGUUGUGAAGUUCUUUAAGCCACCGUAUGUAAGCAAAGGGACUGAUUAUUGCUCCGUUGUAACAAUUGUGGACCAGACAAAUGUAAAGUUAACCUGCCUGUUCUUUAGUGGAAAUUAUGAAGCCCUUCCAAUAAUUUAUAAAAAUGGAGAUAUUGUUCGCUUUCACAGGCUGAAGAUCCAAGUAUAUAAAAAUGAGACUCAAGGUAUCACCAGCUCUGGCUUUGCGUCUUUGACAUUUGAGGGAACUUUGGGAGCUCUGAUCAUACCUCGUACUUCAAGCAAGUAUUUUAACUUCACCACUGAGGACCACAAAAUGGUAGAAGCCUUACGUGUUUGGGCAUCUACUCAUAUUUCACCAUCUUCGACAUUAGUAAAAUUGUGUGAUGUUCAGCCAAUGCAAUAUUUUGACCUGACUUGUCAGCUCUUGGGCAAAGCAGAAGUGGAUGGAACAUCGUUUCUUCUAAAGUUUCCUAGGACUGCCCUGACACAUUACCACAAACUGGAUGGCUUGAAGAAAUGUAAAUGUAUUAUCUCCCAGUUCUGGAGCCAGAAGUACAAAAUCAAGGUAUGGGAUGGCACCAGGACCCCAUUCCCAUCUUGGAGAGUCUUAAUACAAGACCUUGCUCUAGAAGGUGAUUUAAGCCAUAUUAAUCGGCUGCAGAAUCUGACAAUAGACAUUUUAGUCUAUGACAACCAUGUUCAAGUGGCAAAAUCUCUGAAGGUUGGGAGCUUUCUUAGAAUUUACAGCCUCCAUACCAAGCUUCAGUCUGUGAAUUCAGAGACCCAAGCAACAUUGUUAGCUCUAGAGUUUCAUCUCCAUGGGGGUACCAGUUAUGGUCGGGGAAUCAGAGUCUUGCCAGAAAGUAACUCUGAUGUGGAUCAACUGAAAAAGAGUUUAGAAUCUGCAGAUUUGACAGCCAUUCAGUCUCAUGGUAUAUGUCAAUCAGAACAUGAGGACAGCUUUCCAACUGUUUCAAGCUCUGGAUCAGUAUCACUGUAUGAGGUGGAAAGAUGUCAACAACUGUCAGCUACAAUACUUACAGAUCAUCAGUAUUUGGAGAAAACUCCACUAUGUGCUAUUUUGAAACAAAAAGCUCCCCAACAAUAUCGCAUCCGAGCAAAACUGAGGUCCUAUAAGCCAAGAAGACUCUUUCAGUCUGUUAAACUUCAUUGUCCUAAGUGUCAUUCAAUGCAAGAAGUUCCACAUGAGGGUGAUUUGGAUAUAAUUUUACAAGAGGGUGCAAGUAAAACCCCAGAUGCCAAAUUACAAAAUACAUUACUAUAUGAUUCAAAAAUGUGGACGACGAAAGACCAAGGGGAACGAAAAAUAGCUAUUCAUUUUGUGAAAAAUAAUGGCAUUCUCCCACUUUCAAAUGACUGUCUAAUUUUGAUAGAAGGAGGUACAGUCGAUGAAAUCUGCAAGCUCUCAAGCAAAUUUCAUAGUGUAAUUCCUGUGAAAUCUGGCCAUGAAGACUUGGAACUCGUCGACCUUUCAGCACCAUUUCUUAUACAGGGAAAAAUCCAUCACUAUGGAUGUAAACAGUGUUCUAACUUGAGACCAAUACAAAGUCUAAAUUCCCUGGUUGAUAAAACACAAUGGAUUCCUUCUUCUGUGGCAGAAGUACUGGGUAUUAUGCCCCUUCAACAUGUGUUUGUGAUGACAUUUACUCUGGAUGAUGGAACGGGGGUAUUGGAAGCUUAUCUCAUGGAUUCUGAAAAAUUCUUCCAGAUUCCAGCAUCAGAAAUACUAAUAAAUGAUGACCUUCAGCAAAAUAUGGAUAUGAUAAUGGAUAUGUUUUGCCCUCUAGGAUUAAAAAUUGAUGCAUAUCCAUGGUUGGAAUGCUUCAUCAGGUCAUACAAUGUCACAAGUGGAACGGAGCAGCAAAUUUGCUAUCAGAUUUUUGACACCACAGUUGCAGAAGAUCUUAUCUAAUACUGCCAUUCAACUUAGCAUAUGUAAAAUAUUAUAAUUUUAGAAAACAUUACUGUUUUCUAUGAGAGUGCUACAAAACAUUAAAUAUUUAUUUCUGUAGUUUAUUUUCAGUUUUAACCACUAUUUAAACUUUUUUGACAAAUAGACAUUGUAUUAUCUUAAUGCCUUCUUGUGAGUAAGUAAAAAUGAUCCUGUUGCUGAAAAUAUCCAGUAUGAUAGCUGGUAACUAUAAAGGAAAAAGAGACAUUGAAUAAAUAAGGACUACAUUUUCAUUUACUCUUGAAGUCCUUGUAAAUAAACUAUUUUGUUAUCCUACACUCAAAACCACUUUCCCUAUUCGCUUUUUCACAUGUCAGCCACUGGUUUUUAUGCCGUGAACCAUCCCUGGUUGAGCUGCUUUUUCUGCCCUGCUAUUUAUAGCAGCAGUAUUGAUCAUUUUAGCAUAGGUACAGGAUUAGAAAACAUCCUUACAUUAAAACUGUCAAUUUUUGCCGAGUCCAGGGUAUGCAAGGCUUGUGGUUUGAUUCUGUUUUGUUUUGUACAAAGGCGUCUGCUUAAACCAGUACUCUGUAAAGAAGUGCUUUUCUGAGUGGGCUUUGGUGUAUUUAAGAGUGAUUUAGUUUAAGUAUAGAUGGCAGAAUUGCUUUCUCUGAGUGCUGCUAUUUAGGAUAAAUUUAGGAUAAAUCCAUUUUUUAAGACCUAAAUUAUGUACUUUGACUGCCUGUUUUGCUACGUGAUAUUAGAAGUUAUUCCAUUCCAUCUCAACCUAAUAAAGUGCUCAGAUUUAUAAUGUUAGUGACUUACUUUGUAUUAUCCUUCUUAUUUAUAGUCUUCUGUAUAAAAUAUACAUGUAUUUCAGGUUGAGCAUUGAAUGAGAUGUUAAUUCAGUGUAAUUGUCUGCUUUUUACCUGAAAAUGUUUGUCAAAUUUAAAUCAUGAAUAUUCAGUUUUAGACAAAUCCUAUAUAUUUGUAUGUACAUGUAGAUUUAUGUAUGUUAUUUGCUGAAGACUGAGAGAUACUGAUCUGCCUAGCUCAGUAUUAAUGAAGAAUAAAUAAAUGCACACAUUUCAACUCUUUCAUUUAUUUGCCCCAUGAUGAACUGAGGCAUGAUUUGAGACAAAGCAUCAGCAGGAAUAUCAGUAUAGCAGAAAUUUAGGACUGUCUACACACCAGGAACUGUGCUAAGCACUUAACAUGUGUUUUAGUUUCACAACAUCCCAUCUUCCUGAUAAGAAAUCUGAGGAUUGAUUGAUGAGCUGACUUGACUGAGUUCACACAGUUAUUAAGUGCUAGUCAGUGCUUGAAUCCAGGCAGGCUCUGUCUAGAGACUGCACUGUUAAACACUCCAGAAAUCUGAAGCAAAAGCCAGCAUGGGGUCUUCUGCAAAUGAGUCCUGCCUUAAAUAUCUGAGAUAACUUUAGAAUUAGAUUAUAGGAGGAGUCAGUGGUGUGUAUCCUUACUAUCAGAAGGCUUCUAACGCAUUACUGGCAAAAAGGAUUGAAUAUCUAAUUUCCUUUUCUCACAAUAACUGAAUUCUUCUAGUUCCUGAGUACAUUAGCACAUCUGCAGACCUAACUACCCCAUCCACCCAUCACCAAAUUAUCAGCUUGUUCCAGAAAGUGAGAGACGGAUGCUGCUGAUUGGGGGAUAUAAACUCUCGGUUCAGAACAUUUUCAGGGAAAAUUUUUUAAGAAACCUACCAUUGAGCACAUAGAUUUCAGAAUUGAUAGUAUAUUAGGGAUACAGAGGUGAGAGAGACAUCCCUUCAGUAAGCACUCAGUCCACAAGGAUAGGGGUCAGAAGGUACAGCAGGCUCACAGUGUCACCCUGGGCCAUCUCCAAGCUAAUGAAGUAAAAUUCUUCAUAUGAAUCUUCAUGACAGUGUCAUUUUCUCUGUUCUUUUUAUUUUUAUAAACCUCAACAUUGUCAUCAUUUGUUUUUUAACUUUUCAGUUUUGAAUAAGAAGCAUUCCAUCAACACCUAGUAUUAAUCCAUGGUGACAUAAUCAUGAACCAAGUGUUAGGUGAAUUCCACUUCUGGAGAAAUAAUUAGAAGGUAGUUCAGUGUGCUCAGAUUUGAGCCCUCUCCCCUUUGUUGUCCAUGUGAAAACUGAUAGAGUCUUCCUGUCAUAUUUUUAAAUGAUGUAAAUUUAAGAAAGUCCUUUGUGUACAGCUUCUUCCUGUGUUUCCAGUCUCUGCAGCAUCUGCUAUGUUAGAUACUCCUGCACUGUUGCCUGUAGCCCCUCACUGCAUGAGAACGAGAAGGCAUGGCAGAAUA